CGCCCGGCGGCUCCUCCUCCUCCUCUCCCGUCCCGUCCCAUCCCCAUCCCCAUCUCCAUCCCCGUCCCGUCCCGUCUGAGCCGCGGGAGGGAGACCGGCCACCACCAGCGAAGUACUGUGUGCUUACCGCCGCCGGCUCGGCGCGUGUUUUGGUUGGGCUUCUUCCCCCACCCCCCUUCUUCCCUCCCUUCACUCCUCCCUCCUUCCACCGACCCUCCUCCCGAUUUUUUUUUUUUUUUAGUUCACGUUUAAAUACUUUUUUUUCCCUUUUUCUCUUUUUUCCCCCUUCUUUUCCGCCCCCUCCCGCGCGGCGGUGGGCUCUCCCGUCUCUCUCUUCUGCUCCGCUCACCUGCGAUCGGCGGAUGCAAGUCACACACGCUCCCUCCCCUCCCUCCCUUCCCUCCCUUCGCGCUCUCUCCUCUCUCCCUCCAAGUUCUCAAAGAACAAACAAGCCGCCGCACCCGCAGCACCCGCAGCUCUGCGCGGGGCAAAGGAAAGCGCCAGCCGAGGGGUGCGCGGCGGCGCGGAGGGCUCCCAUCACCACCAACCACCACCACAGACCCCCCCGCACCGAGCCGGGGACCUGCGGCGGAGAGAAAGUUUUCCGAUCGCUCUCCUCGCGGUUUUCUCCUCCUCCCUCUCCUCCCUCUCCUCCUUUUUUUUUUUCCCCAUUCCUUUUUUUUUUUUUUUAAUUAUUUUUUGCACGGCGGUCGCUACCUCGACACGAACGGGCUUCGCCUCGCUCCGGUCCCCGUCCUCCCGGGCUCCUUCCUCUCUAUAUGUGAUUUCUUUUUCACGCCUGGCGCCGGUGGAAAAUAAAAAAGCUACUUGAAUGUACAGCAUGAUGAUGGAGACGGACUUGCACUCCCCCGGCGGAGCCCAGGCCCCCACGAACCUCUCGGGGCAGACCGGAGCGGGAGGAGGUGGUGGCGGCGGCGGUGGCGGCGGCGGCGGCGGAGGGGGGAACAAAGCGAACCAGGACCGGGUCAAGAGACCCAUGAACGCCUUCAUGGUGUGGUCGCGGGGCCAGCGGCGGAAGAUGGCCCAGGAGAACCCCAAAAUGCACAACUCGGAGAUCAGCAAGCGCCUGGGGGCCGAGUGGAAAGUCAUGUCGGAGGCCGAAAAGAGACCCUUCAUCGACGAGGCAAAGCGGCUGCGGGCGCUGCACAUGAAGGAGCACCCGGAUUAUAAAUACCGGCCCCGGCGGAAGACCAAGACCCUGCUCAAGAAGGACAAGUACUCUCUGGCCGGGGGACUGCUGAGCGCCGGCUCGGCCGGGGGAGGCCCGGCCGGCGUCGGUGUGGGCAUGGGCGUCGGCGUCAGUCCCGGCGGCGUCGGGCAGCGGCUGGAGAGCCCCGGCGGCACGGCCGGUGGCGGCUACGCUCACAUGAACGGCUGGGCCAACGGCGCCUACCCGGGCUCGGUGGCCGCGGCGGCGGCGGCGGCGGCGAUGAUGCAGGAGGCGCAGCUCGCCUACGGCCAGCACCCGGGCAGCGGGGGGCACCCGCACCACCCGCACCCCCACCACCCGCACCAUCCGCACAACCCGCAGCCCAUGCACCGCUACGACAUGGGCACCCUGCAGUACAGCCCCAUCUCCAACUCGCAGGGCUACAUGAGCGCCUCGCCCUCGGGCUACGGCGCCCUGCCCUACGGCUCCCAGCCCCACCAGAACUCGGCGGCGGCGGCGGCGGCAGCGGCGGCGGCGGCGGCCGCCUCCUCGGGGGCGCUGGGCGCACUGGGCUCGCUGGUGAAGUCGGAGCCCAGCGUGAGCCCGCCCGUCACCUCGCACUCGCGGGCCCCGUGCCCCGGGGACCUGCGGGAGAUGAUCAGCAUGUACUUACCGGCCGGGGAAGGCGGGGAUCCGGCGGCCGCCGCCGCCCAGAGCCGACUCCACUCCCUGCCCCAGCACUACCAGAGCGCCAGCACGGGGGUGAACGGUACCGUCCCCUUGACGCAUAUCUGAGACCCUGCCGCCCGCCGGUACAGGCGCCGGGAGCGGCGGAGGCGGGCGCGGGCACCGGCAUCGGCCCGGCCACCGGCCCCGGCCGCUGCCACCGUCUGCUCCUGCCCCGGCCGCCCGCCCUCGCCCCGGUCCAGCUCCUGGCCCCGCUCCCGGGAUCCCCCCUCUUAUUUUUGCCUCUUGCUCCCCUUCCCGCCCUCCCCUGUCUCUCUUCUUUUAUGUUUUUUUUCUUUCUUCCUUCCUUUUUGUACAGAAAAGAAAUGUUUUGAUGUUCUUGUAAUAAUAAUAAUAAAUAAUAAUAAUAAUAACGAGAGAGAAAAAAGGUAACGGUUGCUUUACUUACCUUUUUUUUUUUUAGAAGGACUAGUUUAUGAAACUAGUUUUAGACUGAACUUCUGUGUUUUAUCGAGACUUUUUGUACAGUAUUUAUCAUUCACCCAAGAGACAUAGAGCGUUUAUUUGCAAAAGAGGAGAGAGAAAGGGAAAAAAUACUACUGCGAAAAGACUAAAAUUGUUGAUAAUAACCACACAAAGUUGUUGUAGGCGAUGCCAACUUUUAUACCGCGCGGAACCGCUACGAUUUCGGUCACGGAUCGCUUCUUGCGAGGGCUUUUUAUUGCCUAAUUAACUCCAAGUUGACGGGGAAAGAGUUCUCAUUUAUUACUCAUGUACUAAGGCAAAUCCAAAACAACACUUAAAAGUUUUUUGUAGAUGUCGCAUUUUUGUUUUCUGGGGUUUAUUUUUUUAUUUGUUUCGUUAUUUAUACAACUUCUUUUUUUUUCUUUUUUUUCUUCAGUUGGAGGCUGCAAUGUGGUAGUUUGUUGGUUGGUUUUUUUUCUGGAUUUUGUAAAACUUUAUUGUAUUUGUUUGUUUGGCCUUUAGUUUUGUUUGGUUUGGAUGGGGAUUUUUUGUUUGUUGUUGGUUUUUUUUUUUUGUUGGUUUUUUUUGGGGGGUUUUGGUAUCAUUUCUUGUAAAUGCAUUGUGAAUAAUUUUUAUUUAGGCGUUACAAGGGAUUUCAGAUUGUGUAUAUAGUUUACUAAAAAAGCCUUUCUGCUAAACAGAAAUCCUAAGGAUGCGUUCAAUUUUGAGUUAAAUAAAUUUCAAAGCGGAAAAAGUCA